UAGUAAAUAAAAUAAACGAGGUUACGUUACCCAUUGUGAGUCCAUUGACGAUGUAAACAAGACGCACAAGCUUUCUGUACGGUGUAGGCAGGGCGGGAAGAGUGUUUGGUGUCCUAAAAAGUCGUAAAACCGUGUGAAUUUUCAAUUGUAAAGUGUCUGUGGGAACUUGGCGACUGUUGUAAUGCUGUGAACGAGUGUAAAUAGGAGCAUUACUACGCUAUGGAGAGGACGGAACGCUGACCUGAUCGUGUUCAAACCGAAGCUUGGGUGCUGUCUCUUUACAAAAGAUGGACUACGAUUCCGCCUCGAGUUGUGAGGACCGUCUCCUGGACCUAGAGUCCUCCAAGCGUCACCGCAAGCGUCCCUCCCACCCGAAAAAGUCCCUGCGCCUCUACCCCACAGACCCCAAUACCCCCUCCAAAGACAUCCCCUCGACCUCCACCUCCACCCACCUCCCCGCCCCGCACCCCCGGGCCUCUGUAAAAAUAAUCGAGCGUUCCCUCUCCUCUCAAGUGAUGGAGUACUACCACAAGUACUCUCAGUCCUCGAACCUGGACCGAUAUUUCUCAAUGCCAGGUUCCACCUUCAGCAAUGAAGCCUACAAGAACUACCUGAAGCCCCCAGAGUCCUCGAAGCCCUGGGACCAAAUUCGAAAGCACCCAAUCAAUCCCGAGAAACCCUCUCUAAUCGCAGAGAUCCCGAGGGAACGGCGACGAUGGGCGCGUCCCCCCCUGAUCGGUCAGCCCUCAGGAACAACCUCCGACCCCCUCCCCCCCACCUAUCAGGACCCCCUGGAGUCGACAGGAGCGACUCCAGAGCCGGAAGAGAAGACAAACCCCCUGCAAGACCCUGAAAUCAUCUCCGAGGACAGGGGCAACUUCCGAAAGGAGAAUUCCUCCCUCGAAGCUGCUGACAGAGAAGUCAAAGCAGCCUCUCCAACAUCGAGUAUCACCUCCCACAAGCCCCUGGAAUGGGACAGUGGAGCAGACGUUGGAUACAACGCCCUCCCCAGGAGCAAAGAGAAGGAUCGAAACAUGCUCUGUACAAUUGAACGAAUGGCGCUAGCGAGAGGCCUGUGCUCCGCAGCCCUUCGACUGGACCCCGAAGGUACGACUGGUUCCACUGUGGACCCUGGAGGUACCCAGAACAAUUCCCCCUCGAGAUCCACUCGUAGACAAUCGAAACCAGACGCUCAUUCCACUCGAAUGAUCAACGAUGCCUCUGAGUCCGAAGGAGAGAUCGAGAUAACUCCAAUAGUCAAGACCAAUCUCCCAGGUAUCAUCACUGGAAAAGUCACUGCAGGCGAAGAGAUUCCCGUAAAGUCCCUGGUCCCCAGAAAAUCACUUGAGGGAAAGAAAACACCUGAGCUGGUGGAAACCCCGAAGACAUCUCAACCAGGAAAAUCCAAAUUCACAACUGAGAGAUUCCCGAAGCCUCGUGAUCUCAAGGGCUUUCAGGAUUCUUCUAUGAAGAAAAGCGCCUCGAUGAACAUUCUGGCCAUGCCCCUGACGACGAUUUCCCUCAAACGAAGUCAGAGUGAAUUGAAUUUACGAGAGAAUGAGGAGGGCAAAGCGUCUCAAGCCCCCUUGAACUUUGCUUCCACUUCCUCGAUAGCAACCAUCGUCAAUAAACCCCUGACCUGUGACAAGGACAUUCAGACGAAUCUCCAGGAGUCACUGCGGAAGGAAUCGAUUGGAAUUCAAGUGUCUUCUAUUCUCGAGGAGGAUAAAUCACCAGAACUACCAAAACAACAAGACAAUUUCUCCAGCAAUUCAAACAAUUCAUCACCUCCCCAAGAAGAUGACAAACCCCCACUACCAAAGAGAAUCAGCAGUCUCUCCCAGCAUCCCCAGUCGAUCCUAAAGAACUCGGGAAGUGCUUCUACCCGGAGUAAAAAGGACUCUCGAUCAGAGAGAACCUCCUCAGACACACCAUCAGAGACAGAUGCAGGUCGAGCCUCUCACAGUUUCGAGUACUUUCCAGGUCACGUUUACCAGAACGUCCCUGGUGAGAGCACCUCUCACGUGUCCUCAGUGGACACCAGGCGAUCUCACUCAACAAUGCCAAACACAUCAUCAAGCCUCGACGAAAAGCUCUGGGGGGAGUCUGACAGUCUCCUCCAAGACCUAGAACGAAGCUUGAACAUCUUGAAGAGUCUCGUGGACGCCAACAAGUGCGACAAGCACGUGAAGAAACGACUGAUCCAUCAUGUCAUCAAGAGACUUGUCUCCGCCAAGUACACGGACGACAAGAUAUCCCACGACCUGGAGGAGACAGUCCCCUGGAAUCCAGACAACGCUCGGAAUAAAGUCUACAGGACUGAGAUCAUUCAGGCCCUAGCUAAGAAGCAGAAGCCAUCAAACAGUACUGAGGAGUCCUCUGAGGACUGGAAGCCGCGGAAGACUUCGUCCUACUCGAAGAAGCCUCAGGAUAACUCUAGGGUGUUGAAGGAGAUGAUUCAGCUCGUGGCAAGCAGCGAGAACAGCGAUUUGUUUGAGGGGAGACAUACGGACAGAACAGAUGGCAUGCAGGACGGGAGGAAAGCGAGGAUGGGCCUGAGGAGUGAAGACAGACAUCGUCACCUCCAACGAGAGGUCCCUUUGGACACUGAGAAGAGCGAGAGCUCUGAGUGCUUUCUCCCCCAGCAGAUGACGUACAAGAGCAAGGUAGAGAACAAGACUGGAUCUGUUGGCAAGACGCCAUCAAGCGCGAAUACCACGACUGAAAGAACAAGAGGGGGAGAUGAUAAGAUGGACUGGAGGCUCCCCACGACCAUGUCUGAGAGACGAUUUGAGCUCGAGAGGUGCAACUACAGGGCCGGGGCGACAACGAGGCUGAUAGACUACGUCGAGAUGGAGAAGAAGAAUCAGCUGGUGUGGAUCAGUAACGAAAUCAAUCAUCUGUCGAAUCUUAAGAAGCUCCUGGAGGAGCCGAAGAGAUACAAGGGGUCCAAGAGCUCUCCGAGGAAGGGUGGGAACGAGGGGAAGAAUGAUUCUGAUCAGAAUUACUCGGGGAGGAUUAACGACGAGUGGUCGUCUCAUGGAAAUUUGGCGGAGAGGAGGGAGAAGACAUCGAGGAAGAAGAAUAGCUGCACUCAGACUGGGGGUAAAGGCUUCUCCAAGAGCGAUGAGGGGGGAAUUGUCGAGGGAAUGGAGGGGCUGAUGAGGAGUGCUGGGAGGGAGGUCUUGAACGCUUGUGCGCAGACGGAGACGCCUGAGUCCUCUAGGGAUCCCUCGCCCACGUGGUCUCCCAGAAGGAAUUGUCUUCUUCACGGGAAUAAGAAGGGCGCCUGCAAGUGUCGGAGACCGAAUUCUUCGUCCUCGGAAGUCGUUGAGAUGAGUAGGAUCAGGAGGAGUGAGGAGAGGAGACCUGUUGAGAGGGUCAGCCAGGACUCGGACACGAAGAAGGAAGUGAAGAAUAGGUUGAAUGACAAGUGCAGGUCUGAGUUUAAUGUGACUGAGUAUCAGGAUGAGUUCACUGGGACGAAAUUGAAGGGACAUUGCAGGGGGUGCAGGUGUGGUGGGGAUAUCGUGGGGUCUGAGAGGGAUGGGGAGAGGUUUUUUGAUAAAAACACUGGGAACGAUGUGGGGACGACUCGCGGAAGGAAGUCUGAUGAGCAGAGAGGGAAGUCUGAUGAGUGCACUUGCGAUGAGAAUUCACGGAGGGAUGACGAGAAGAGGGAUAGGAGGGAGGAGGGGAAGGAAGUGAGGAGCUGUCGUACCUGCGGAACUGUCUACACGUCUGUUGAUAAGACAUGCCAGUGUAAUUUGAGUUACGUCAAACCGAUUGCUUAUGAGUUGAAUUUUAAGGAUACGCGGAGGAGGAGCCCACAGGGGAGGAGGGGAUCCUCUUCGAGGGGGGAGACGACUACUGAGGAUGGGCACUCUUGUAAGACUGAGGAUUGCUAUUGUGGAACUCCUCAGCCUCAGUUAAAGGAUUAUUUAACUAAAAAUAAGCCGGAAUUCGUUGAUAAGGUCGAGACCAGGAAGAGAUACAUGUCAGAGUUAUCGCAGUUGAGACAGUUGAAGAAGGAGAAAAGAAUGCAAUUUCUUGCCAUGGCUUCACCGAGUAGUUUAAUUGCGUCACCACGAAAUUUUAAAACUACUGCCAAGAGUCAGAAAAAAAUAAGCGAUGAGGAGAUGAAAAUGAGAUUACGUCAUCGGUACCUGAGGCUCAAUGAGGUGAGGAACAAACGCCGCCAGAAGGAGAAAGAAGAGGCUGCUAAGAGAAAUCACCUCAUGGCCAAGAUAUUCUGCAAGAAAUUGCAGCAGAAAGUUCUUAGGGGAGAGGUUGAUCUGUCGCAAAGCGUCAGUGUUAUAUCGAAUUUAUAACGAUGUAGGAUUGUUUGAGAUGGAGAUAUUUAACGAUAAAUCGAAGCGAUGAUGCAAAUUAGAUGAGUACCCACCGAAAUAAUGCUCACCGAGCGUCAUAGUUUUAUUGUGUGUUGGUUUUUUAAAAUAUGUAGUUCCUGUAUUCGCGAGUGACCUUCCAGUUUUAAAUAGACGCUAGAGCAUAGACUGAAAUAUUUUUUAUGACGAUAAAAUAUGUAUGUAUUUUCCGGUUGGAAUAAAGUUUUUUAAUAAAGGAGUAUGAGAUGGAA